GGACUCGCUGGAGCUUUUUUAUUCCCUCACUGUAGAUUUUCCACUAAAGAUCCGCUGGACUGGACUGAGUGUCUUAUUUAGAUUUAAUAGACACUGACAGCACUUUAUUAUAAUUCAACAUUUCAGGCUUUCCACACCAUCUUGAGUCGGAUCCUGUUUUUAAUUCCACAUUAUUAUUUUGGUGACUUUUUCUUCUAACUCGUUUGGAUUUACAAAGGGCGUGUUUGGGGCGAUUUGUACCGGGAGUUUCAUCUCCUGUACUGGUGCGACUCUGAGGAAUGACAGCAACUGGGAAUCGCUCCGCUUGAAUGGAAACAAUGGAUUAUAAAGAGCUAGGACAUCAUUUCGAGGAGAAACUGACACUAACAGACAAAUCUCUUCCUCUGCAGACGGAGUCUCAGUCCAUCCAGAAUGGGGACAAGUCUCUGGAGAAGGACAUCCUGACUUCUGAUGACUCCGCCAUCACAGACCUCUCUCCUAAAUCAGACUCCAGCCCCAACACAGAGAGCCCCACCAACACAGAUGCCUCCUGCAAGACAGAUGUGGGGCCAACCACCCCGGGCAACAGCCCUCAGCCCAAGAAAGAUUCGAUGAGCUCAGAGCAACGGCAGAAACUGGCCAAGGAGCGGAGAGAGGAAAGAGCCAGAUAUAUUGAACAGCAAACUCAGCUGCAAGCUACAAAGAAGGCCCAGUGGCUGGAGAAAGAGGAUAAGGCCCGACGUCUGAGGGAGAGCCAGCUGGAGGAUCGCAGGAGAAAACUAGAGGAGCAGAGGCUGAAGACUGAGAAACGCAGAGCUCUGCUGGAGGAGAAACAGAGACAGAAACUAGAAAAGAACAAGGAGAGAUAUGAGUCUGCUAUCAAGAGGUCGACUAAGAAGACGUGGGCCGAGAUCCGUCAGCAGAGAUGGUCCUGGGCGGGCGGACUCAACCAGACUUCCCGCAGAGAAAGCAGAUGCUCGGCCUCCACGGUCAACUUGCCGAGACAGGUGGACCCUGUCAUUAACAACAGGCUGUCCAAGUCCUCUGCCACGCUCUGGAACUCCCCCAACAGAACCCGCAGCCUGCGUCUGAGCCCGUGGGAGAGCCGGAUCGUGGAGCGGCUCAUGACGCCGACGCUGUCCUUCCUGGCCCGCAGCCGCAGCGCCGCCACCCUCCUCAACAGCAGCGACUCUCCCUCCGCCAGCCCGCUCAACGCCUCCCAUCACCACCCGCACCAGAACGCCGAGCGCUGGAGGCUCUCCUCCGCCAGCACUCCGGACAUCACCCAGCGCCAACGCCGGCGAAACUCCACACCGUUGGACAAAAAGAAGAAAGAGAAGAAAGACAAGGAGAGGGAAAAUGAAAAGGAAAAGAGCUCUCUCACAAAAGACAAAGUGCCGAAGAAGAGACAGACGCCAUCGCCCACCACAACCUCCCAGAGAUCCAGGCCAGCGAGCAGCACCCCGAAGCCCAAAACCAGACCUCCAUCACCCGCCGCCCCCAAAAGUCGGCCCCUGUCCCCCAUGGUGCCGGCAGCACCCUCUAAGUCCCCGACGGGCAAGAAGACCCCGCCACCUGGCACCAAGACCCGACCUAAACGGGCCCAGACGCCUGCCAGGGUGUCCCAGACGGUCACGGCAGUCACAGUGGAAACAAGCCAGGAACCCCAGAAGCCUGACACUCCAGAGGAGAAAAAGAACACCAGUACUGUUCCUGCCAUCGUGGUGUCCUCUGAACCAGUCACACCUCCUUCCUUCAGCCCUGCCGUGGCUUCAGAAGCUUCUCUACCUAAUCCCAACGUAGAGGCUGCCCCAGCUGCUCCUCCUGCUGCAGCCCCUACCAGUAAUCCUGCUCCUUCUGCAGCACCAUCCACUACCCCAGCAGCCUCCACCAGUAAUCCUGCCACUUCUGCAGCACCAUCCCCUGCCCCUGCAGCCUCCACCAUUAAUCCUGCUCCUGCUGCAGCCCCUACCACAGCACCUGCUGCCCCUGUGGCCUCCACCACCCCGACUGCACCCACCAGCAGGCCGUCAGCCGGCACCAACAACCCGCAGGAGGCUGCUCGUGUCCUGGCAGAGAAACGCAGGCAAGCCCGAGAGCAACGGGAGAGGGACGAGCUGGAACGUGUGGAGCAGGAGAACAGGAACAGGAUCCUGCGGGAGGAGGAAAGGAAGCACAGAGACGAGGAGGCUCGAUUCAUGGCAGAGCAGCAGCGCCUGAGGGACAACGCCCAGCGCGCCGAGGAGGAGAAGGAGGCGCAGGAGAAAGCCAAAGCUGAGCAGGAGGAGAAUGAGAAGCAGCAAAGACAGAGAGAGGAGGCUGAAGCCAAGACCCGCGAGGAGGCCGAGCGUCAGCGCCUGGAGAGGGAGAAACACUUCCAGAAAGAAGAGCAGGAGCGACUGGAGAGGAAGAAGCGCCUUGACGAGAUCAUGAAGAGGACUCGGAAAAGUGAUGCAGGAGAGAAGAAGGAGGUCAAAGCUUCUCCACAGGUCAACGGACAGGUCACAGAUCCCAGUAAGGCAGCUGGGAACCUGCAGAGUCCCGGUGCAGCUGUCCUCAGCCCGGCUCAAAGUGCUCCCACUGCUGUUGUCAACGGCGUCCAGCCCGCCGCCCAUCAGAACGGCCUCUCAGCUAAUGGACAGGCGGCCGACUUUGAGCAGAUCAUCCAGCUGAACAACGGAGCUAACCCGACGCAGAGCGGGCUAGUGGGUGAGCCCAUGCUGGCGUUUGAGGGCGGAGAGCCCUUCCUGAUGAAAACAGGCCCCAUGAAGCCUCAGCAUGUCGCAGGUACAGUGAAGACUCAGCAGCUGAGACUGUGAGGAUACAGCCAAGAGGUCCUGUGAGUCCCCACACAUCUCCAUGGAGACGCGCCUUAUGUCUCUGCUUGAGCUAUGAGAUUCAUGCCAUACCACAGCAGCUGAUAGAAAAAAAAAAGUUGUGUGCCAAACAAACAAUGAACUGCGCUGAAUUCACAUUUUACAGUAUCUGCAGCAAGAGGACAAGAGGAGCUUCUCAUCUGAAAAUAUAAAAACAUGCAAGUAUUCUCUGUCUUCACCGCGUUUUAAUGUCAAAUGUCACAUGCAGAGUUUAUGGUGCACCUUAAAGAUGACAGACUGUGUAACAAAUUUUAGAAAAUACAGUAUAAGACUCUGGAAAUACAUAAUAUUUGACAAUGGUUGUUAUUAUUACCGUCGUUACGAUACUGUUAUUGUUAUCUUAAGUUGAACAGUGUGUGCGUGUGUGUGUGUUUGUUGUUUUGUCUUGAAUUACUGAGUUAUUUAACAUGGAGCAUUGUAAGGACUGUCCACAGACAGUGUAUGUAAAUGUAUAAUGAGCCUGGCUGCCUAGGCCUCCUGUUACAGGGGAUCUGUGAAAUAAAGCUUUAUGAAAGGGA